AUGUUCAAGUUGGUCAUUCCCAGAGUGGCCUCGCGCACUGCCGCGCUACGGACAGCAUCACCUCAAAGUACCUUCACAGCACGACCAUGCGCUUCCCUACUACAGGACAGACUAUCGCAACGAAGAGGAUACGCCACACCAGCUGAGGAGAAGGACCUCGUAAUCAUCGGUGGUGGCGUUGCUGGAUAUGUGGCCGCCAUCAAGGCUGGUCAGGAAGGCCUCAAGGUCGCCUGCAUAGAAAAGCGUGGCUCGCUCGGCGGAACAUGUCUGAACGUCGGCUGCAUUCCCUCAAAAUCCCUCCUCAACAACUCGCACCUCUACCACCAGAUCCUCCACGACUCAAAACACCGCGGAAUCGAAGUCGGCGAUGUCAAGCUCAACCUCGAACAGAUGAUGAAGGCAAAGGAGACCUCCGUAUCGGGCCUGACCAAGGGUAUUGAAUACCUCUUCAAGAAGAACAACGUUGAGUACAUCAAGGGCACUGGCGCAUUCGCGGACGAGCACACUGUGGCAGUCAACCUGAUCGAUGGCGGCGAGACAAGUGUGCGCGGAAAGAACAUCCUCAUCGCAACUGGUUCGGAGGCCACGCCGUUCCCAGGACUCACCAUCGAUGAGAAGAAGGUCAUCACAUCUACUGGAGCCAUUGCUUUGAAGGAGGUGCCAAAGAAGAUGGUCGUCAUUGGUGGUGGUAUCAUUGGUCUUGAGAUGGGCAGCGUCUGGAGCAGACUGGGCUCUGAGGUCACAGUUGUCGAGUUCUUGGGCCAGAUCGGCGGUCCAGGCAUGGACGCUGAGAUCAGCAAGAACAUCCAGAAGACUCUUGGCAAGCAGGGCAUGAAGUUCAAGCUCAACACCAAGGUCAUGUCCGGCGACGACAGCGGCGAGACUGUCAAGCUUGAAGUUGAGGCCGCAAAGGGUGGCAAGCAGGAGACGCUCGAUGCAGACGUCGUUCUCGUGGCCAUCGGCCGCCGCCCCUACACCCAAGGCCUCGGCCUCGAAAACAUUGGCCUCGAAACCGACGACCGUGGCCGCCUCGUAAUCGACAGCGAAUACCGCACAAAGCUCCCCCACAUCCGCGUAAUCGGCGACUGCACUUUCGGGCCCAUGCUUGCACACAAGGCCGAAGAAGAGUCCGUCGCAGCAAUCGAGUACAUCACCAAGGGCUACGGCCACGUAAACUACAACGCCAUCCCAUCCGUCAUGUACACACACCCCGAAGUCGCGUGGGUAGGUCAAAACGAGGCGGAGCUGAAGGAGCAGGGCGUGAAGUAUAAGGUUGGAACAUUCCCCUUCAGUGCAAACUCGAGGGCGAAGACGAAUUUGGAUACCGAUGGUAUGGUGAAGUUCCUGGCGGAUGCGGAGACAGAUCGCAUUCUCGGAAUUCACAUCGUUGGACCGAACGCGGGAGAGAUGAUUGCAGAGGGCACAUUGGCACUUGAGUACGGCGCAUCGACGGAGGACGUUGGCAGGACGUCGCAUGCUCAUCCUACGCUGGCUGAGGCGUUCAAGGAGGCUGCUAUGGCCACUUAUGGCAAGGCAAUUCACUACUAG